AUGCACACAGGUGCAUUCGCAGUGGCUAAGAAACGGGCCUUCGGCUUGCAGGAAAAGCGUGAGGCUCUGGGCAGAGAUAUGACCACAAACGUCCAAGACAGUAUUUUUUGCUCUGAAGAAGAUAACAGCCUGUAUUUCACGUACAGUGGAAAAGCAAACGUUCUUGAGGUCAGAGAACUCAACUACCAGGUUAAUAUGGCAUCUCAGAUUCCCUGGUAUGAGAAACUAGCACAUAUGAAAAUGCCAUGGACCUGGAACUCAGGUCCAAAUUCUCAUGUGUCGGUCAUCCAGAAUCUGAAUUUGAAAGUUCAAAGUGGUCAGAUGCUAGCUAUUAUAGGAAGCACUGCUGGUGGAAAGACAUCACUGCUUGAUGUGAUAACCUGUCGGGAUCACGGAGGCAAAAUCAAGUCGGGUCAAAUCCUGAUCAAUGACAAACCCAGCACUCCCCAGCGUGUUAAGAAAUGCAUUGCACACGUGCGACAGGAUGACCGACUGCUCCCCCACCUGACUGUCAAAGAAACGCUAUUGUUCAUUGCCAAACUGCGCCUUCCAAAGUUUUUUUCAGAUUCACAAAGGAAAAAAAGGGUAGAAGAUGUUAUAGCUGAACUUCGGCUGCGUCAGUGCGCAAACACGCGGGUUGGGAACCAGUACCUCCGCGGCAUUUCGGGAGGAGAGAGGCGGCGAGUGAGCAUUGGCGUGCAGCUGCUCUGGAACCCGGGAAUACUGCUACUUGAUGAACCCACAUCUGGACUGGACAGUUUUACUGCACAUAACCUUGUGAUAACAUUAUCCAGGCUGGCCAGAGGAAACAGAUUAGUUCUUCUUUCAGUUCAUCAGCCCCGGUCAGAUAUCUUCCAACUUUUUGAUUUAGUUCUUCUGCUGACUUCUGGAGUCACUGUCUAUUCGGGAAUGGCUAGAGACAUGGUCCAGUAUUUCACAGAACUAGGCUAUCCCUGCCCGAAGUACAGCAAUCCUGCAGAUUUCUAUGUUGAUUUGACCAGUAUUGAUAAACAGAACACAGAAAAGGAGAUGGAAAGCCAAAGAAGAGCAAAUGCUCUUGCCAACUUGUUCCUAGAGAAAGUCAAAGACUUUGAUAAUUUCUUAUGGAAAGUUAAUCAAGGAGACGAUAGUGUGACCACAUCCAGCAAACAAAGCUCCCAUGUAAAUUCAGAAGAGUCUGUUAACAUACCUUCCCAUUCGGAUGAUCAGUUACCAGGAUUCCUAAAGCAGCUCACAGUAUUAUUAAGUCGCCAAGUCUCCAAUGACUUCAGAGAUCUUCCAACAUUAUUAAUCCAUGGAUUUGAGGCUCUUCUCAUGUCAUUAUUAAUUGGAUUUUUGUACUAUGGCCAUGAAGAAAGCAGACUCUCUAUUCGUGACACAACAGCACUGUUGUACAUGAUAGGUGCAUUAACCCCAUUCACAGUGAUUUUGGAUGUUAUUGCCAAAUGUCAUUCGGAAAGAGCAAUGCUUUAUCAUGACUUGGAGGAUGGAAUGUAUUCUGUGAGUCCAUACUUCUUUGCUAAGAUUUUGGGGGAGCUCCCAGAGCACUGCGCUUUUGUUAUCAUUUAUGGAAUUCCCAUCUACUGGCUGGCAAACCUCAGCUGUGAACCAGAACAUUUCCUUUUGAGCUUCCUCUCUGUGUGGCUGGCUGUUUACUGUGCCCGCACCAUGGCGCUCUGGAUGGCAGCACUGCUGCCCACCUUGCAGCUGUCAGCCUUCUUCAGCAAUGUCCUUUUCACGUCCUUCUACCUGAGCGGUGGUUUUGUGAUGAGCUUGGAAAACCUCUGGACAGUUCCAUUCUGGAUUUCUAAAAUAUCUUUUCUUAGAUGGAAUUUUCAAGGCCUGAUGCAAAUUCAUUUUAAUGAACCCACAUACCAGUUGACCCUUGGAAACAUUACCCUUCAAAUACCAGGAAAACUAGUAACUCAGUCUCUGGACCUGGAUUCGCAACCUCUCUAUGUGAGCUUUCUCAUCCUCGCUGGUAUUAUUAUUAGUUUUCUGAUUUUAUACUACUUGUCUCUGAGAUUCAUCAAGCAAAAAUCACAUCAAAACUGGUAACAGUUGUAACAGGCUACAAGGUCUCUUGCACAAAAACACUCAACAUCUUUGCUCAGCGUGAAAAGCAGCCAAGUUUAUUUUCUGCGACCUUUGUAGAUGUCAUUAAUUCUUCACAGCAAGAGGAGGUAUCUGCACAGUGUGCAGUAAUGAAGUGAGUCCUGUGAACCACAGGAUGGCAGCAAAUACCAACAGUGGGAAGCCAGGUUGUGCUCCUGGCUUCAGACUAUACUGUCACGGAUAAAGGAAACUAAAUUGAGACUUCCACAUUUUUAUUUUUGGCAUACGGUUUUAUAGGUGGCAAGAUCCGUCGGGUGAGUUAUCUACAUCUUGCAAUACCCUGAGCUAUGGGCCAUGGAUUUAGAAGGACCUAUCCCAAUUUAUAAUAGCUGAGAUUUUAGUCAAUAAUUUUUGAAUGUAUCGUGAUCAUGUACUUAAUUAAGAAACCUGUGGGAGAAGCAGUAUCGGCACACACAAAACACUGCUUUCUGUAGCAAGUAUAAAACUCAGCACUCAUACAGAAUAACGUAGAGGAAAGAAACAUGGAGAGAGAAUUUCACUGAAGCUUCGGGAGAACCUGGUAUAGGCAUGGACAGAAAACAAGUACUAAUUAUUCUUUAUUGUUUAUAAUUGCUCAAGCGCUUUAAGACUUUGACUGUGUUGUUCCACCUGCAUGCUGUUGAUGCCCAAAAUAAGUAAUUUCUCACUGUAUUGAUGAUUUCUUGUUACAGAUAAUUUUAUCUUACCUUCUUGUAUCGAUUUUUACAGUAUACAUACAUACAAACAGACUGUUAUUAAUCACAUCUUUCUCCAUGCUGAUACACAUCACAGCAAUUUGGCAAUUUUGGUUCCUAAGAUUCCCAGGUAGAAAAUGUCAAACCUAUCCACCCAGUAACUAAAAAUCUAAUGGUGCAGUCUACGAAAUGCUUGUAACUAUGCACUUACCUAUACGUAGUCAUAAGUCAAAUGGUCAGAAAAUUAGAUAAGGGCAAAUAAAUGACUGUAUGCACAAGCAGUCAUGGUAAGCACACCUGCACAUUGGGUACACAGUUGUGCAAAUAUUUUGUAUGAUUAGCUUGCUUAUUUUUACAAUGUUUGGAUGCAUAGCUAUGUGCUUGUAUACAUCUUAAAAAAAAAAAA